AUGUUUGGUUCCGGCGGCGCGUGCGCAGCAUGCGGGCAGGCGAUACCCGCAAGCGAAUUCGUGAUGCGGACGAGCGCACCCCAGCAACCUCUACACGUCUUCCACAUAAAAUGCUUCGCAUGUUCUAAAUGUGGCUCACACCUCAUGCAGGGCGAUAGGUACUACAUGCUGGCGGGUUCCCUAGUGUGUGAGCAGGACUGGCAGAAGCUAAUGAAAAGCGCGAAUGCGGCAGCGCCAGGGGCGCCUGUCCGCAAGGGCAAGGUGGGUCGCCCGCGGCGGUCGCGGGAAUGA